GACCACCUCCCCCACCCCUUCUGGCUGCCGGAAGUGGCGGCUGCUGUUGGAGCGCGCGAGCUUGGUCCAGCUGGGGGUUCGAUGCUCGCCGGGUGCCGCUUCCUGUCCGCCCGCCCCCAUGUCCCAGGCCGGUCCGGGCGCCGUGGCCUCGCUGGAGCCCCCGGCGGUGGCGACGCUGAAGCGGGCGGUGGAGCUGGACUCGGCGUCCCGCUUCCAGGAGUCGCUGGUGUGUUACCAGGAGGGGAUCGACUUGCUGCUGCGGGUGCUGAAAGCUACAAAAGAUGAAACAAAAAAAGCUCACUACAGACAAAAAAUAUCUGACUACAUGGAGAGAGCUGAAGCAAUUAAAAAACAUAUUGAAAAAGAAAGAGAAGAUGGUAAAUACCACCAGCAAAUUAAAAUUGAAGAAAAUGCAACUGGUUUCAGCUAUGAGAAGGUUUUCCAAGACUACCUUAAUGAGACUGUUACAGAAGUUUGGAUAGAGGACCCAUACAUUAGACAUGUUCACCAGUUCUACAACUUCUUACGAUUCUGUGAGAUGCUUGUUAAGGGGCCCGGCAAAGUGAAAACUAUCCACCUUCUCACUUCCUGUGAUGAAGGCAGUGGAAAGAGUCAGCAGACAAAUAGUCUAGAAGAAAUAAAGCAAUCACUAAAGAACUAUGGCAUAACACUGAAUGUCUCAUUUUCAUCUUCAAUUCAUGAUCGAGAAAUAAGAUUCAACAAUGGAUGGAUGAUUAAGAUUGGAAGAGGGCUUGAUUAUUUUAAGAAACCACAGGGUCGUUUUUGCCUUGGAUACUGUGAUUUUGAUUUGAGACCAUGUCAUGAAACAACAGUGGAUGUCUUUCAUACUAAACAUACAAAGAAAACAUGACCAAAUAUUUCUGUUGUUUACUUACUGCUCUUACAAGUUUUAAAUGCCUGCUUUUAAUUUCUCUCAAUUACAUGUAGUGUACAUAUUUUAUGGAAUAAACUUUAUAUUUUUGA